AUGGAGCGUCGCACGUUCCUGUCACUCCGGUCAGUGGCACCAGUGAUAGGGCUUGUGGCUGCGGUUCUGUUCGUCUCAUGCUCGAGCGGCCUAUGGAGGAGUGAAGCAGCCGGAACACUAAUAACACCACAAUGUGAUAAAAAUGAGGAGAUGACCACUUGUACCUGCGGAUGGGAGGCAAGUUCAAACGGAGGAGCAGACGGAAAGGGUAGCAGCGCAACUCUGUCUGAAUCGAGCACUGGAAUCACUAUUCAGUGUCCCCGAACAGGCUUCGAUUUUGUGCCCUCCGACGGAAAGUACGUAUGCGCUGGAGAAGAAGCGGAGGGGCCUCUGAAAGCAUGUCGAGCUGGUGCUGGCAAGAAACCUCCCAUCACGGAUUUCAUGAGCCACGUUACCGAGAGCGACCUACUAGCGUGGACAGAGGCAUCCGGUACAACAAAGGAUUAUUCUCUAACAUCACCGCCAGGUAGUUUCCCUCUUAACGACAAAAGCUUCUUCGCUGGCUGCGUGGAAACAGGUCAAGACAACGGUAACCCCAAGCAGUGCUUGGUGACAGUAAGCGUCACGGCCAGGACCUCAUCCGUGAAAUUGACAGUCUUAGGCGAACAAGAAGUUUUGGCAGCUUAG